UUUGUGUCCGGAGCCGUACCCAGACUCCAACAUGGAGUUUCUUAAGUCCAAUGGUGUUAGGCUUUUUCAGUUCGGGAUUGAAGGCCAUAAGGAGCCUUUUGUAAACAUUCCAGAGGAUAUGAUUCGUGAAGCACUCAAAGUUCUCCUUGAUGUGAGGAAUCAUCCUGUUUUAAUUCAUUGUAAACGCGGGAAGCACCGGACUGGCUGUCUUGUGGGAUGCUUGAGAAAAUUGCAAAGGUGGUGUCUCACUUCUGUCUUUGAUGAGUACCAGCGUUUUGCAGCCGCCAAAACUAGAGUUUCUGAUCAGAGGGGGACGAGAAUCUUAGGUCCUGCUCUCGAAUAACAGGAAAAGGUGAUGAGUUCCGGGAUUGCAUUUCAGCGGCAGAGGAAUUAUUCUUCAAUUUUCCUCCUUCAGGAUAAUAAAAAGCAUACAUAUUGCCCUAUUCUGUUGUUAAAACAGUCUUUCCAUACAUGCAACCAUUGGCUGUGUAGAUCCAUGAUCAUUCUUUCCUAAAUUCAUAGUUAGCUUUAGCUUUAUAUAAAGAUUUUAGAUGAUCGAUGCUGAAUCCUCAGCAUGAUUGAAGUUUGCAGCUCUUCUCUUUUGAAUCCGGUUGGUUAGUAAAGAUUAUUGUUAUAAAAUCUAAUCAAUCAAACUUUUGGUUGUAGAAGAGAAGAGCCAUAUAUCUUUUGAUCUUUUUAAUGUAAUUUGAUGGACUAGUGAACCCAUUUCGAAGGAUAGUUCCACCUUCUGGUUCUGAUUGUGACAAUAAAUUUGUGUUUUAAUUUAUAUAAAAUAUGAAGACUUGCUAA